CCGGGGCGGGGCGGAGCCAUCGCGGCGCCAUGGCGGCAGCGGAGCCGCUGGGGCGGCGGGGCCGGGCGGCGGAGCCGGGCUCGGGCAGCCCCGCGGGCCGGGCGGGCGGAGACGGUUCCCCCGGAGGGGCGCGGCGGGUUUUCAGCCCCGCCGGAGAGUUCCGGGAGUUCUCCCGGAGACAGCUGCGAGACAUGGAGCGGCUCUUCCGACAGUAUGACGCGGGGAAAGAUGGCUUCAUUGACCUGAUGGAGCUGAAGCUGAUGAUGGAGAAGCUGGGGGCACCACAGACGCACCUGGGGCUGAAGAACAUGAUCAAGGAGGUGGAUGAAGACCUGGACAACAAGCUCAGCUUUCGGGAGUUCCUACUGAUUUUCCGCAAGGCAGCAGCGGGUGAGCUGCAGGAGGACAGUGGGCUGCACGCCCUGGCCCGGCUCUCCGAGAUCGAUGUCUCCACGGAGGGGGUGAAGGGCGCCAAGAACUUCUUUGAGGCCAAGGUCCAAGCCAUCCACGAUGCCAGCCGCUUUGAGGAGGAGAUCAAGGCAGAGCAGGAGGAGAAGAAGAAACAAGCAGAGGAGCUGAAGCAGAGGAAGGCGGCGUUCAAGGAGCUGCAAUCCACCUUCAAGCAGUGACCGAGGCUGGGCAGGACUGGUUUGCCGUUCCCACACUGGGAACACUGUGUGUGCCAUGAGCGAUGCCUGAGCUCUGCAUCACCUGUGACUCCCCAAAGGCUGCGUCACCAGUGAGCUCCUGGUCCUGGCUCGGCACUGGUGGCCCUGACCCCCUUCCCCUUGCUGCGAUGUCUCUGUGUUGUUCGUACCCCCCCCAAGCCAAGCCGCUCCUGCCCCAAGCGCAGCAGCACUCCCUUACCCACAGGCGUUGCUGCUGCCGAGUCCCAGGGGCGCUUGUCCCCGAGCUGUCGUGUCUUGUGCAUGCGCUGUGCCAUUUGCAGGGCGUUGCGGUGGCUGUGCCAGCUCGGCACCCCUUGGCAUCGCCGCAGGGGGGGUUGCCUCACCGCAAUACCCACGCCAAAAAUCCAUGUGAGCACGGCGAAGGGCUCCGUGGCGUGUGCCCAGCAUCCGUGUGCACGGUGCUCGGGGUGGGGAGAGCCCUCCCUGCUGAUGCACAGCCCACGAAGGGCUGAGCGCCGCUGCGCCCACCUGCCUGGGUCUCUCUUUAUGGUCCAAAAAGGCAGCUGCCGGCUCACAAAGCUGUGUUAUUUGUUUUCGUGUUGUAUUCAGCCCAGAAUGGGUGAGUGUUGUAGCCAUGAGUGGUUUCUGUCGGUCGAUUGAGGCUCCUGUGUUUGUGGGUGGCUGUAAAAGAGGCGCGUGUGUCCCACGGUACUGGUGGGGAGGUGGGGGGGGGUUGGUUUUUAUUUU